AGAUGUGCCAGGGCAGUGGACGCGGCUGUUGGAGACAGGCGAGCGAGGGAGGAAGGAGGCGGAAAGCCGGUGUCUCGGGAUGAACGGCUCGGCCCGGGCGCUCUUCGACAGCAAGGAGCGCGUCCUGUUGCUGGGCAAGAGUUUCGAGAAGCAGCCGCGCUGCGCCUUCCACACCUUGCGCUAUGACUUCAAACCUGCAUCAAUUGAUACAUCUUGCGAAGGAGAUCUUGAAGUUGGUAAAGGUGAACAGGUAACAGUAAUGUUGCCAAAUAUUGAGGGCUCUACUCCACCAGUAACAGUUUUCAAGGGUUCCAAGAAGCCAUAUCAAAAAGAAUGCAUCUUAAUAAUUAACCAUGACACUGGCGAAUGUAGACUAGAGAAACUUAGUAGCAAUAUCACAGUGAAGAAAAUCAGAGGUGAAGGAAGCAGCAAGGUGCAGUCUCGUAUUGAGCAACAGCAGCAGCAGCUAAUGAAACACACUAAUAAGAUGCCAAACAACCACAAAUCUUCUCCACCAAAAGAGAAGAUGUCUCCGCCUUCUCCUAUGGAUGAUAUUGAAAGAGAGCUAAAAGCAGAAGCUAAAGUUAUAGAGCAAAUGAGUAGCUCCGAUAGUUCAUCGGAAUCAAAGAGUUCAUCCGCUUCAUCAAGUAGUGAAAACAGCUCUAGCGAUUCAGAAGAAGAAGGAUCAAAGCUGUCUCUUCCCUUGUCAAUGCCACACCUACAGCCACAGCAUCCCAUGAUGACAGUAUCACAACAGACCUUCCCAGAUGUGGAUAUUGGAUAUCGCAGAAGUCAAGAGAGCAGCGGCCGUUUGAUGAAUACCCUGAGAAAUGAUCUCCAGCUGAGUGAUUCUGGAAGUGACAGCGAUGAUUGAAGAUGCUUUGAAGUUUUGAAGAUGCAUUAUUUUCUUUGCUGAAGAUGAAAAGUCAUUUAUUUUGCACUAAGUAAUAAAAUUGGAACCAUGUUAUGAACUUU